AUGGCACCUGAUAUCGACACUCUUCAAACUUCGGCACCACUUCCUGGCGGGAGUGGUGAGAAGCCCAACAUUCUGUACAUCAUGGCUGAUCAGCUCGCCGCUCCCCAGCUCAAAAUGUAUAACCCGGAAUCUCAGAUCAAAACCCCGAACCUCGAUCGCCUCGCUGCUAGCUCAGUGCAGUUUGAUUCAGCGUACUGCCCUUCCCCCUUGUGUGCUCCAUCCCGGAUGAGUAUGAUCACCGGCCUUUUGCCCAUGAAGAUUGGUGCCUACGACAACGCCUCACAAAUCAAUUCCGAGAUUCCCACAUAUGCCCAUUACCUUCGCUCCAAGGGUUACCACACUGCUCUUGCAGGUAAGAUGCACUUUGUUGGGGAUCAACUCCAUGGGUAUGAGCAGCGACUUACCAGCGACAUCUACCCGGGCGAUUUUGGCUGGGCCGUCAACUGGGAUGAACCAAACACGCGCCUGGAGUGGUAUCACAAUGCAAGUUCUAUUCUCCAGGCAGGCCCAUGUGGUCGCAGCAACCAACUGGACUACGACGAAGAAGUCAUGUACCGCAGCAUUCAGUAUCUGUGGGAUCAUGUUCGUGAAGGACCCGAGAAACGCCCUUUUGCUUUGACGGUUUCCCUCACCCACCCUCAUGAUCCAUAUACUAUCACCAAGCAGUACUGGAACCGCUAUGAGGAUGUGGAUAUUGCCUUGCCGAAGGUUCGAAUUCCCAAGGAGAAACUUGACACUCACAGCAAGCGUCUGAUGAAAGUUUGUGAUCUCUGGGAUCAAGACUUUUCCGACGAGCAAAUCAAGCGAGCCAAGCGCGCCUACUAUGGCUCUGUCAGCUACGUGGACGAUUGCAUCGGCAAGAUCCUGGAGACUCUCGAAGAUGCCGGUUUGGCUGAAAAUACAAUCGUCAUCUUCAGCGGCGACCAUGGCGAUAUGCUGGGUGAACGAGGGCUAUGGUACAAGAUGAGCUAUUUUGAAUCUUCCGUUAGAGUCCCUCUGUUGAUCAACUAUCCAAAAUGGUUCCAACCUCACCGGGUCAGCCAAAACGUGUCGACUCUCGACCUGCUUCCGACUAUUUGCGAUUUGAUUGGCACCAAGCCAGCUCCGUACUUACCCAUGGAUGGACUCAGCAUGAUGCCUCAUCUCCAGAAUAAAUCCGGCCACGACACGGUCUUUGCUGAAUACACAGGCGAAGGUACCGUGCGACCAAUGAUGAUGAUCCGCCGUGGACCUUGGAAGUAUAUUACUUGCCCUGCAGAUGAACCGCAAUUUUACAAUUUGGACAAUGAUCCCAAUGAACUCGACAAUUUGGCACGAUUCACGACACUUGCACCGCAGAAUGCUGAAGAAGAGGCGAUUAAAGCCAUGUUCGAGAAAUACGACACAGAAGCCAAGGCCAAGUGGGAUUUCAAUGCUAUCACGGCACAGGUCCUGCAGUCUCAGCGCAGCCGCCGUGUUGUCUGGGAUGCGCUCAAGGAAGGUGCAUUUACAAGCUGGGAUUUUGAUCCCCUGGACGACGGAAGGAUGAAGUACAUCCGGUCUACUAUUCCCCUGGAUGCCCUAGAGCGUCGUGCUCGCUUCCCGUUUGUGGACAGCCAUGGAUACGAGUCAAAGGCGAUCAACUCGACUCGAAGUUGA